UAGAGAAACAAACUCUCAAAACUAUCAGAACUUAAAAACAGUAAUGGAGGUUUAACAGCAGAGCAAAUCGCCGUUAGGCCGAUGCAGGGUUUAAGCCAAGGCUUUCUUCCUGUGUUUGAAUAUUAGGAAUAGAGACAAGAGAGAAAAUGGGGUUUGUGAGAGAUGCAAUAGUGAAGAAGGGGAAGGGAAUAUUGCUGGGCGAAAUGGCAUUCGCCAAAGGAGGAGGAAACAUCAAUUGGUUCCCCGGCCACAUGGCCGCCGCUACUAAAGCCAUCCGCAGCCGCCUUAAAGUUUCCGACCUGGUCAUCGAAGUCCGAGAUGCCCGUAUACCAAUAACUUCAGCAAAUCAAGAGUUGCAGCCUAUGCUUGCGGGGAAAAGAAGGAUUAUUGCGCUUAACAAGAAAGAUUUGUCAAACCCCAACCUAAUGCCAAAAUGGAUUCAAUAUUUUGAAUCCUGUAAACAAGAUUGCCUUCCAUUGAAUGCACAUAGCCAAAGUAGCGUUCAAAAGCUUCUCGAUCUUGUCGAGUUCAAACUGAAGGAGAAAAUCUCACGGGAGCCUACUUUGCUUGUGAUGGUUGUUGGUGUUCCCAAUGUUGGAAAGUCAGCCUUAAUCAAUUCAGUCCAUAGGAUUGCUUCGUUCCGAUUUCCAGUGCAGGGAAAGUUGAAGCGAGCUACAGUUGGUCCACUUCCUGGAGUCACUCAAGAUAUUGCAGGAUACAAGAUUGCACAGCGACCUAGCAUAUAUGUUUUGGAUUCCCCUGGAGUAUUGGUACCAAGUAUUGCAGAUGUAGAAACUGGAUUGAAGCUAGCUCUUGCAGGUUCUGUGAAAGAUUCUGUAGUUGGUGAAGAGCGAAUAGCUGAAUACUUGCUAGCAGUUCUAAAUACUCGAGGCACUCCAUUUCAUUGGAAGAACCUGUUCAGCAGCGAAUCUGAAGACCUUCAGCUUGAUGAGAGCAGCAAACCUACAUAUGAUCUCAAGAAUCUUCUCUUGAAGAGAAGCAGCAAACAGAAGAAAAAAUCUGAUAUGGUUUACAUUGAGGUACUAUCUGGUUAGUGAUUUCUGAAGCUAACUUUUAGUCAGAACUGCACGUGUAUGAUGUUCUCAAGUAAUGUUAAUUUAUUUAUAGCACAUUGACCUGAUUGAUAACUAGCAAUUGUUCUUUUACCCUUAUAACUUCUGGAAAGUUCAAAUAGAUGUAGGAAAGGUAAUCACACUAACGUCAUUCAAUUGUUCCAUCUAUGUGUUCUCUUCAGGAUUAUGCUACUCGUGUCAAAUGUGCAUUGUACACCACACUGUCAGAAUUUGAUGGUUGCUUGGAGAGUGAAAAUGACUUGGAGAUCCUUAUCGAAAAGCAAUUUGAAAUUCUUCAGACAGCACUAAAGGUACCUGAGACAGCAUCCGACGCCCGGAUUAUGGUAUCUAAGAAAUUCCUUGCAUUGUUUAGAACAGGAAAACUUGGUCCUGUCAUCCUUGAUGAUGUUCCGGAUAUCUCUACUUCAUCGGAUCAAAAGGCACGCAUGUCUCUUCCUGAUACCUCCUAAUCAUUGUGUAAAAAUUGUGUAUUUUUCUUCUUUGUAAAGUUAAAUGGUUUAGGCAGACACAACUAGUUCACUCUAUCCUGUUAAUGAUCUGCAUUUGAUGUAUAUUGCCUUCUGGAAAUAGCUGCAGAAAGUAUUAUAUAAAAGGUUUUAGUGACCUUUUUCUCUUUGCUUUCUGUGACUUGUAUGGUAUGCUUUUAAAGUUGUAUGGCAUGGGAGCAUUUUGUUCGAUACAUUAUGGUAUUCAUGAAUUUAGGAGGCACAAUAUUGUAAGACUUCACCUCCGGAAAGUGAUUCAUUCCUAGUCAAGUGUGGUGUUUGAGCUUUGUA